GCAUCCGGGGGAGGCUGCAGCAGCGGAGGACAGGAGCCCAGGUGGGAGCCGGAGCCAGGGCGGGACCCGGGGCGCUGGGAGAGGCCCCAAGCGCCCAGGCAAGCCCUCCCAACCCGAGGCUUCGAGAAAAGAUCAAGGACUGAGCUUCGGGCACCAUGAACCCCACCAUCGGCUUCGCUCUUUUGUUGACAGUCUUGCAGGGAGCCCGUGGGCAGAAAGUGACCAGCCUGACAGCCUGCCUGGUGGACCAGAGCCUUCGUCUGGACUGCCGCCACGAGAAUACUACUACCUCGCCCAUCCAGUAUGAGUUCAGCCUGACCCGGGAGAAAAAGAAGCACGUGCUCUAUGGCACUAUGGGGGUGCCUGAGCACUCAUACCGCUCCCGAACCAACUUCACCAGCAAGUACAACAUCAAGGUCCUCUACUUAUCCAGCUUCACCACGAAGGACGAGGGGACGUACACAUGUGAACUCCGGCUCUCUGGCCAGCCUCCCGUCACCUCCAGCGAGACUGUCUCUGUGCUCAGAGACAAACUGGUCAAGUGUGAGGGCAUAAGCCUGCUGGCCCAGAACACGUCGGGGCUGCUGAUGCUCCUGCUCUCCCUGCCUCUCCUGCAGGCCAUGGACUUCAUCUCCCUGUGAUCGCCCAGUCCAGAGACGAGUUGCUGAGCCCCUCCCCGCAUCCCUCACCCAUCUCAAGGAGCAACGGGGACCCCGCUCCUCAUAAGGAAUCCCACUGCCGCAUGCAUCACCUACCCGCCCCUCCGCCCCCAUGCCACCUCACACCCUCUCCGCACGCCACUGGCUGCCUUUUCUUUCUUUUUUUUUUUUUUUUUGGUACUCUUGGUGCCAGAGUUGCUUCUGUCUGGCUUAUCCUUCCUUUUCUUUGGGAAUUUAUGAAAAGGGAAGCCAGGGUUGGGGACGUGAUGGAGAGUGAGGGCAUGGGAGGGGUAGAAGGAUAGAGGGGUCCGAGUCCUAGGGGGGCAAGGGGCGGUCAUCCUUGCCCACCAGGACCAGCAGCCUGGGAGAGACUUGGAGGAAGAGGAGGUGCAUCUGGGCUUGGCACAUCCCUCAGCAGGCGGGGAUGGUGCCCGAAGACCCCGGAUGUGAGGGCACUGCCAAGCAUUUGUGGCCCAUCACAAGAGGAAAGAACUGAACGUCUCCAGGAGCAUCCUCUGCCACAGCAAGAAGCAGUCCUUUUACCACUGCAGAGGUUCCCUAGGGGCCUUGGGCCUGGCGUGGCCCAGUGAAAGAGCAGAUUCUGCCUGGGAGCAGUGCUAAUGGAGGGCUGGAGACGGGGUAGAAGAGAGGGCCCAUCGUCCCUCUCUACCUGAUGAAAAUAAAAUUAAGAGCCUACUGUCCCUCACUGCCUCAGCCAGCAGUUGAGAGGGUGGCAGAGGACCAGCCUCCUCCCAGCCUGUCCCAAGGUCCUACGAGCUUCCAGAUCUCUGACCUGGAGGCAGUAAGCCAGGCCAGGCGGAGUCCCAGAGCAGAGGAGAGUUUGGCCCAAGUGUUUGGGAGGCUCUUCUUUCCCUGCCAGCUGGCGGCUGAGCCUUCCAACAGCCCUCUGCCCCACACACAGGUCUGGCUUCUCGGGGACCUGGGGGAUUGGAGGGGGUCUGAGGCAGCCCAUGGAGUGAGACCUGUAGGCAGGACAUGCCUUGACAGAUGGCUUUUCCCAACACCCAGCUCCCCGCCCCCAUCCCGGCAGCUGUACCCUGUCCUGUGACUGUAUAGUGCACCACAGCUCAUAGUGUCAGUGAGGACAAAGAGAACUGCACAAUAAAACCAAGCCUCUGGAGAAUGCCUCCCUGCCUUCCUCUGCUUUGCUCCUCCGCCUGUCCCCAGGCCCGCCUCCCUUCCCCUAGCAGCGCAUCUAGGAGCUCCGAACUGCCACCUUGAACUCUCCCUCUUCCCUGCCUUCAUCAGCCCUUCCCCUCCCCUGUUGCCCCCGGGUCUGGUUUCUCGGGGACCUGGAGGAUUGGGGGGGGGCAGGGAGCACUGCAUGCUGGACUUUUCAGAACCAUUCUAACAUGGUACAUUUGCCCCAAUAAAUGAA